UUCCUCCCUCUGAGUCCUUCCACAUACCCCACCCCUCCUCUGCUCAGGAGAGAAAGUGGAGGUAAGCCUUGUCCUCUGGGUACCAUGCUCCACCCAUUCUCUCUGCCCUGGGGUCUGGAGGACUCCUGUGUUCUGCUUGCCUGUCCCAGGGGAAGCAUUUCCACAUCCAGAUCCAUUGGGGUGCCCAUUUGACUGUCCCUGGAGGCUAGGAGGGUUGAACUUUUAGUUCAGUCACAGAAAGCUCAGUGGUCAGCACCUCAGCCAGCACCUGGGAGGGGGAGGUCUAAGAGUCUCAAAAGCGGAAAAGCCCUGAGACCGCUGAAUCUUGGCGUGCUUCAGGGGAGGGAAGCCUUGGGGACAGGCCUCCUGGGUUUACCUGGAAAUUUCAAAUUACAGGCAUGGGAUGAGAGAGCAGACAGGUUUGGCCUAAGAAUCCAGCCUGUCAGAGAAGGACCCAUACGCUACUCUGGAGGAGCCUGCCUAGGAGGGGCCUGAGCACUCACUGUGCAUGGAGUUGGGUAGAGUGGGGCGGUAGAGCCCCGGGAGGCCCGCCCCUUGAAUACAUCUCACAGGGCCUCCGCUGUCUGGGUGGAGUGCACAUCUGGGCAGCUGUGGGAGCAUGAACAGCUCACAGGUGGGGGCUGCGGCCAAGGCUGCCUGGCUGAGCUGCUGUAACCAGUCGGGGUUGCCACUGCAGCCGCCCGAGGGGCCGCGGAUGGUACAGGCGGUUGUGCUGGGUGUGCUGUCCCUUCUGGUGCUGUGCGGGAUCCUGUUCCUGGGUGGAGGCCUCCUCCUCCGAGCCCAGGGCCUGAUAGCACCGCUGGCUCGGGAGAGGCGUGCAUCCCAUGAGGCCGAGCCUGGUGCCUGUGGAGGGGAUGACUCCUAGGUUUCAGGCUGUUCUUGAGAGGGUCAGCCCCUUCUGUGCCUUCCAGAGCCCAUUUCUGUGGAGCACAGUGGAAGGUCCGUCCCACACGCUCUUGUCUCCUGCACAGAUGCUGGAGCCAGCUGUGCCUCUCGGAGAGCUCUCCCUCCACCUACCGUCCCACCAGGGAACCCCCGCCACCCACCCCACCCUGUUUGUGCUGCAGAGGAUGACAGACUGAAGAUACCUGGACUGUGGUGACGCCUCACUCUGGGAUCCUGGCACUCAGUGCUGCCUCUGAGCUGCUUCCUGACACCUGGGGUGGGUCCAGGAGACCUGUGCUCCGUCUGCUUGGUGACUGCUGUGUGCUCUGGGCACUGAAGUGGCUUCACACCCUGACUGCUAGUGUGUCCUCUGCACACCAGGCCCCCGUGGACACGCGUGCAGCUCCUGUCCUGUCCGAUGCUGGACAGUAGUGUCCUGCAGCCCGGCAACCUGUUGUUGCUGAGAACCAUAGGUCAGUACCUCCCGUUUGGAGAGCGUCAGCCAUCCAGCAAUGCGCCAUCACUUUCCAUGGCUCGCUA